GGGUGACGGGGACCCCGGCGGCCCGAGCAUCGCGCGCAGCAGCCGCGGUCCCGCAGCUCCGCCCCCGGCCCGGCCCCGGGCCCGCUCGCCCGCCGCCCCACAUGGAGCUGUCAGCCAUCGGUGAGCAGGUGUUCGCGGUGGAGAGCAUCCGGAAGAAGCGCGUGCGGAAGGGCAAAGUGGAAUAUCUGGUGAAGUGGAAAGGAUGGCCCCCAAAGUACAGCACGUGGGAGCCGGAGGAGCACAUCCUGGACCCCCGCCUGGUCCUGGCCUACGAGGAGAAAGAGGAGAGAGACCGAGCGUCUGGGUAUAGGAAGAGAGGCCCGAAACCCAAGCGGCUUCUGCUGCAGCGGCUCUACAGCAUGGACCUGCGGAGCUCCCACAAGGCCAAGGGCAAGGAGAAGCUCUGCUUCUCUCUCGCGCGCCCACUCGGCAGCGGGAGCCCGGAGGGGGUGGUCAAGGCGGGGGCGCCUGAGCUGGUGGACAAGGGCCCCUUGGUGCCCGGCCUGCCCUUCCCGCUCUGCAAGCCCCGCAAGGCCCACAAGUAUCUGCGGCUCUCGCGCAAGAAGUUCCCGCCUCGCGGGUCCCACCUGGAGAGUCACAGCCAUCGACGGGAGCUCUCCCUGCAGGAGACACCGGCCUCGGAUGACCUGCAGGCGGCGGGCCAGUGGGAGCCCGCAGAGCAGCCCCCUGAGGAGGAUGCAGAACUGGCAGAUGGGCCCCCUCCCUGGACACCUGUGCUUCCCUCAAGUGAGGUGACCGUCACAGACAUCACCGCCAACUCCAUCACCGUCACCUUUCGAGAGGCCCAGGCAGCAGAGGGCUUCUUCCGAGACCGCAGCGAGAGGCUCUGAAUCACCAUUUCCACCCCGUUCUUCUUCGCUGUUUCCUUUGGGGCUUGGGGUGGGGAACUCCCGAGACAGGGAGGGGUUGGGGCAGGGUAAUUAUUUUAUUUAAAAAAAAACACCAAGCAGAAGAAGUGGGGAUGGCCCCACAACCUCCCACCACCCUGCCCUUCUCUGUGAAGGGCGUUUGCAGAGAGGCCUUAGGGCUGGGUUGGGAAGGUUGGUGUUGCUCGGUUUAGGGUCCCAUCUCCAGGCUGAUGGGGACAGGGCCACCUGCUCAGGCUGCUUCUGCAGCUGACUGCCAGGAGGGAAAGGAGCCCCGGGAGGCAGGGCCCCACCUGGCAGCCCCAGCCUGUCUGGUUGUCUGGCCCUUCCACCCCUUUCUUGGGCUUGGGUGUUGGUUUUGAUCUUUCCCCUCCAGCUUUGGUGGGGCUCGGAGGCUGCUCUCACCCCAGGGCCCAGGUCAGGGAGAAGGGGCUGGAGGGAGGGUCUGAGGUAGAGUCACAGACUCCUUCCCAGGGAGGAGGCUGCCCCCUGGGCUCCCUCUGCUGAGAGAUCCUGCCCCAUCUCCUGGCUCGUGUGGAAAUAUGUGCACACCUAAUGGCACAGCGUUCACGAUGCCCCUUGUGUACAUCACAUGUGCCCUGAGUGUCCACGUGGGCCUCACAUGCCUCCUUUAGAAACCCUGGCCAGGUGAACAUAGGGCAAUUCACAGCACAAAAGAACUCGCCACGGCAACCCACCACCUUGCACAGGUCACGCGACAGGACCUGUUCCAGCUCCAUUUGCUCGCAGCUGUCAGCGAGAACAAGGUUCUGGCCACGAGCAUGGCGGCAUCUGCUGCUCCAGGCAUGCAGAUGUGACUUCCUGGUUGUGCCUGGCCAAGCAGAAGGUGUGCAAGCAUCUGCCCAGUUAUGCUGACACAUCUGCAUAGACUCCAAGACACUUGUGACCUGUCCUUCCUCCCACAGGGAUUCUUGUCCUUUCUGACUCAGGUGACUUUUCAGCCCUUCCAACUCCCCUUUUUCUGCCCUCCCCUCCAGCUCAGCCGACCCCAAGCAUGGUGUGGGUGUGGGCAGGCAGGAAGGGCGGGGGUGUCCCACUUUCUCAGGGCAGCCCUUGUCUCCUGGACCCCUUCCCACUUCAUUCUGUGUCCUCCCACCAGACCUAAAUAGCACGGCAGGGAUUGGCCUUGUUUCCUGUGGGGGUCCAGCCGCAGGGGAGGGUAGUUCAGGCUGUGCACAAGCCUAGCGCCCUGGCGAGGUUGUGUCUGCCAGGAGGAGGGAUGCUUGGCUCCUGGUCUGCCCCAAGGUUCCCUGUGGGCUGGUGGCUUCCCUGCUCCCUCAUCCCAGCCCUGUCCCAGAGAGAAGGCCAGAUGGAGUCAGGGGUCCUGGGGAGCAGGGAGCAGGUCCACUCCCCCACCCCCGUCAGAGUCGGGGUAACCUGAACACAGUAGAGCCAUUGUGGCUGGGAGCUCAGCCCUGUCCCCUGACUCUGUGCCUGUCCUCAGAAGGUCAUUAGGUCUUCGUGAGGACAAGGGCAGGGUGACUCUUCCCCCAGACUCCUCCCCAGUUCCCAAACCAAAGACAGCAGGCUCCCUUUUCCUUUUUGGGAUGCUUUGUUGGCAAGAUUCCCAAUGCCCAGCUCCUUCUCCCUCUCUCUAAUUCUCGUUGCCCGGGAUCAAUUCAGUGCUUCCAUUGGGGGACAGUCACAAUAGGUGACCUGAUUCACCCCAGCCCAGGGAAUGGGAUCUAGAUGAGCAUGUGGGGUGGGCCCGGGAAGGGGCUUCAGCUGCACGACCCUGAGAAGAGGGGAAGCCUGGGGGCAGGGGCUCCCAGCCCGGGAGGUGGAGGGCUGAGGCUGGGACAGCGAGGGGUCCUCUCCAGCUGACUGUUGGACCAUGGCUCUGGGACAGGGCCACAGCUUCUAGCAGAAGACACACUCCGCCCCCUCAGGAGACACAGGCCCUCUUCCUGCUUCCUGGGGGUCCUCAGCUGUCAAGUUUGCCAGCUGUGGCCCUGGGGGCUUGGGUUCUUUUGUUUUUGUUUUUUUGCUUUUUUUUUUUCCUGGUGGGUGAGGCAGCUGUGUUUCUGUCCGCAGCAGCAGAACAUGCAUCUCCUCUUCCUCAGACCUUUGUGGCCCACAGGGAACCCUGUGGCUCAGAGGGUGAGGUCCAGGCCUAGCCCUGGAGUGACGGUCUUUUUCAGCCCAGGACAGGUGACCUUUGUGAGGGGUUGGGUUUGGCCAUACAGGCCUCCCCCCGGCCCUGAGUGUCCCAGCUAGGGUCAGGUGAGAGAAGACCAGGUGGACAGUGACCUCCCGCCCCACAGCUCCCCGGAAGGCCAGUACCCUGGGGCUGGGGAACACGGGCCGCCUGCCUCUCCCCAGCCCCUUUUGAAUGUAGAGGCCUGUUGGUACUUUACUGUCGCCAUGGAGCGGGGUGGAAUGUCCCACCCACCCCUGGCACGGAACCUUAUCAUUCUACAGGACGGUAACCCCUUUGCCAAUGUCCCUCGCCGCCUCCUCCGGGAAGGCGCUAGGCAUCUGAAUGGAAGCCCGUGUAGCUUUUGCUUUACAAAUGGCCAGAUGUGGCCACCAGGUCUCAGCCAAGAACGCGUCCUUUGCACAGAUGAGCUUCGAGCUUUGUUCAGACGACAUGAAUGUACUCGAGGACCGGGCAUCAGCUCCCAGGGCGCGCCUUCCUGAUGGUGCGGCUGGGGAGGGUCAGAGCGGGUGCAGAGCGCAGUUUUAUUUUUGUACUGAUAUUGGUAAGAGACUGUAUAGCAUCUAUUUAUUUAGAUGAUUUAUCUGGUAAAUGAGGCAAAAAAUUAUUAAAGACAAUUUAAAAAAA